AAUAUAAUCAAAUUGAAGGACCAAUAAAUAAAUAUAAGAAAAAAGCCCAGUCAGCAAGCUUAGUGUUAGGGCAAAACUAGAAUCACAGACUUUGACAGAAGGCGCUUGUGCGAAGUUCUCCGCCUAAAGCAUGACCGGCGACACCGCCUUUUCGCCGAACGAUCCCUCACUCUCAUCCAACGCUAAUCUUCAUAUCACAAUUGAUGAAGGUUCCCAGAAUAGUGAGAAUCUCCUUGAGGAGGAAGGAAAUGACCUUGAGAAUGAUUGUGAGCAGUUAUUUGAGAUUGAUGGUGAUGACCAUGAAAAUGGAAUGGAUGUUAAAAACGACCAUUAUUUUGACAUUGAAAGUAAUGGCCAUGAAGACGAUGGAGAUGAUACAAAUGAACACUUGUUUGACAUUGAUGGAAAUGGCCAUGAAAAUAAUGUAGAUGAACAACUAUUCGACAUUGAAGGCAGCGGACAUGAAGACAAUAAGGAUGAUGCUAGCUUAGUUGAUGACGGAAGUGGUACAUCUCAAAGGAAGGUUUACCCCCCACCUGUUGUAGGAAUGGAGUUUGAAUCUUAUGAUGAUGCUUACAACUUUUAUAACUGCUAUGCUAAGGAUAUUGGAUUUGCUAUACGAGUUAAGUCGUCAUGGACAAAACGUAACAGUAAAGAGAAGCGGGGUGCAGUACUCUGUUGCAACUGUGAGGGUUUCAAAACAGUUAAAGAUGCUAACAGUCGUAGGAAAGAAACAAGAACAGGCUGUCUAGCUAUGAUAAGAUUGAGAUUAGUGGAAUCUAACAGAUGGAGGGUGGAUGAAGUUAAGCUUGAGCACAACCAUUUGUUUGAUCCUGAAAGAGCUCAAAACUCCAAGUCACAUAAGAGGAUUGAUUCUGGAGCAAAAAGGAAGGUGGAGCCAACACUUGAUGUUGAAGUACGAACUAUCAAGUUAUACCGUGCACCUGCCAUUGAUACAGUUAGCUAUGGUAGCUCGAACUCAAAUAAAGGAGAAAUUAACAGCCAAUGUGAUCGGUCUAGGUCCUUGAACUUGAAGCUUAGAAAUGGAGAUGUUCUACUCAUUCAGAAUUUCUUUUGUCGAGCUCAGCUAGUUGAUCCAAACUUUUUCUAUGUUAUGGAUUUCAAUGACGAAGGGCUUUUAAGGAAUGUAUUUUGGAUUGAUUCCAGGUCUAGGGCUGCUUAUGCUCACUUUAAUGAUGUAGUUUCAUUUGACACAACAUGCUUGUCAUUUAACUAUGAAAUUCCACUCAUUGCGUUUGUUGGUGUGAAUCACCAUGGGCAGAACAUUCUGCUGGGUUGUGGUUUGCUUGCAGAUGAGACAUUGGAGACAUACAUAUGGUUAUUUAGAGCUUGGCUUACAUGCUUGUCUGGUCGCCCUCCUCAGACUAUCAUAACAAAUCAGUCCAAGGCCAUGCAAUCUGCAAUUGCAGAGGUGUUUCCUAGGGCUCACCAUCGGUUAUGUUUGGCAAAUGUAGUGCAAAGUAUUCUUGAGAGCUUGGGAGCAUUGCAAGAUUAUGAGGCAUUUCAGAUGUUUUUUAUUAGGAUUGUCUACGAUUCUCUAAAAGUAGAGGAAUUUGAAUUGGCUUGGGAAGAUAUGAUCCAGCGUUUUGGACUUAGGGAUCAAGAGUGGCUUCGGAUUUUCUAUGAUGAUCGAGAGCGAUGGGUUCCUGUUUACUCAAAAGACAUCUUUUUUGCUGGAUUGUCCUAUUUUCAGAAGGAUGAGUCUGUGAGCUCGAUUUUUGAUGGCUAUGUGCACGACAAAACUUCUUUGAAGGACUUUUUCGAUAUUUAUGAUAUAUUCUUGGAAAAGAAGCGUCAGAAAGAAGCUCUUGAUGAUUUUGAGUCAAGAGAUUUGAGUCCCAUAUUGAAAACAAGGUGCUAUUAUGAGUUGCAACUUUCUCAAUUGUAUACAAAAGAGGUAUUCAGAAAGUUCCAAGAUGAGGUUGUGAUGAUGUCUUCUUGUUUCAACAUAACCCAAAUUCUUACAAAUGGUACAAUUGCGACAUACACUGUCAAAGAAAGCGAGGGGGGAGAAAUUAUGAGGGAUGUCAGGAACUUCGAAGUAGUAUAUGACAAAACAGGCGCAGAAAUUCGCUGCAUUUGCAGCUGUUUCAAUUUCAAAGGCUUCUUAUGUCGACAUGCCUUGUGCGUACUCAAUUAUAAUGGCGUUGAAGAAAUCCCAUUUCAGUAUUUGUUACCGCGAUGGAGGAAGGAUUUUAAGCGGUUGUAUGUACCGGAUUUCGGGUCUAAUAAUGUUGAUAUAACAAACCCAGUUCAGUGGUUUGAUCAUUUGUACAAACGAGCAAUGCAAGUGGUUGAGGAAGGUAUGAAUUCUCAAGAUCACUAUAUGGUUGCUUGGCAAGCAUUUAAGGAGUCUUUGAAUAAGGUUCGUCUUGUAGCAGACAAACAUGUAUAGUAAUUAUCAAUAAAUUUGUAUAAUUCUUUGUAGCUAG